GAGCCUGACUGCAUUUUCUUAAUGCAGCCCCGUGAUUAUAUUACAUUUGGAAUUUCAGUUUGCUUGGAAAAUUGCUUCAGGAUGAAAUUUGUUGUUUUAAAAUAGCUGCCAAGAAUGAAUCCUUUCCUCUCUUUUUGGAAAAAUGGUAAGGAAGCUUAGCUGCACAAGUUUUAAACAAUGGUUAUUCCACGCUGGUUGUCAUUUCCGUCAAAAUUAAAAGUUAUUUGAAAUGGCCUUUGUUCCUUCAACUCAAAAAUAAUUAUGUUUUUUAGAAAGAAUUAACUAUAUGGCCUUAAUACAGUUUUUUUAGUCAGGCGCGUCAGGAAUUAUGUUACGAGAGGUUGUUUAACUUUUGUUUUGUAGUGUUUACCUUGCUAAAUAUUAGUUUGUUACUUACAAAAACUUCCGAAGCUGAGAUAUGUAUAUUUGACAUAUGCCAUGCCAAAGUGUCAGCCUUUUUACUACAAAAAAAACCUCUGACAUUUUACUAGAUGAAUGCCUGCAUGGGAGCAAGAAUUAUCUAGUAGGUCCUGACAAAUUAAAUAAACAAUUAGCAAAAGUCAUUUAACUUUCCAGCUGAUAACUCUAAUGAAUUACUGAAUGUUAUACACCUUUGCAAUAAGAUUUGACAGUUUUCUCUAUCCCAGAUGUAUCAGAGAACAAUAAACAUUGUCAAGUGUAAUCUACAGUGCAUCAAGGUUUUAACCCAACACCACUGAAGCCAAUUCAAAAACUCCUGUUAACUUCAGUAUAGAUGGGAUCAGCUCCCUUGCUCGGGUGGCUGACCUGAAAGAAACCAAGAAAAUAAUCAGUUGCACUGAGGGUGGCACACAACCGACACAAAAGAAAUACUCACCAGUUGCCUUUUGACAGACUUUUGUCAGGCUUUUUUAUUUGUCACUAACUCUAGGGCAAUAGGAAACCAGCAUGCUGUCUGGUGCUCAGGCUGCUUGCUGAAUGGAGAGAGGGCUCUAGAUUCUGGGUAUCAUCGUUGUCUUACAGAAACCAGAGGAAUAGCUUGUGUCCAGCUAAUCCUGUGCCUCACCCACAUGAUGUAGCCAUGAAAGUAUGCGAGUCCCUCCCCCAGCGCAGACAGAUUUCCCCUGGCAUAUGAUCUGAGCUCCAUGUCAGCCGGAGCAGGCAGCACUGACUUCCCCACCGGCCGGCCGGCGUGCUGAACUUAGCCAGAGCGAUGACUUUAACGAAAGAGAGUUUCUGUGGGGCUCUUCCACCCCCUUCUGAGGUGGCCAAGGCCAACAUGGACAACAUCAGGGAGGAGGAGGAGGAGGAGGAGGCUACGCUGCAGUCUGCGGUGGGGACUGGAAUAAUGGAGCCAAGCAAGCGAGGGACAGGAAGGCUGGUCAUGCACAGCAUGGCGAUGUUUGGCCGGGAGUUCUGCUACGCGGUGGAGGCCGCCUUCGUCACGCCGGUGCUGCUCACUGUAGGGCUGCCCAAGAACCUCUACAGCCUGGUGUGGCUCAUCAGCCCUAUCUUGGGUUUCGUGCUGCAGCCCGUGGUAGGUUCAGCCAGUGAUCACUGCACCUCUAGCUGGGGCAAGAGGCGACCUUACAUUCUGGGUCUGGGCAUCAUAAUGCUGUUAGGCAUGGCUUUGUACCUCAAUGGGGACGUGAUGAUCUCAGCUUUCAUCACUGAAAGAGAGAAGCAGCAGACGUGGGCAAUAGUCACUACCAUGCUUGGAGUAGUGCUUUUUGAUUUUGCAGCUGACUUUAUUGAUGGCCCCAUCAAAGCGUAUUUAUUUGAUGUCUGCUCUCAUCAGGAAAAAGAGAAGGGUCUGCAUUACCACGCCCUCCUUACAGGCAUUGUUUCAGAGAGAAGAAAGCCUCAGAGAAUAUUUGCUAGAGAAGGAGUGGAGACCAGUGUUGCUAUAUGUUCAGCCAUUUCAUGGAGAGCUUUGUCGACCAGAGCUGGGGAGAUUUUUCAGGAUACAUUUGGUCUGGGAGGAGCCCUGGGUUACCUGACAGGUGCUAUGGACUGGAGUCAGACUAUACUGGGACAUUACUUGAUAUCAGAAUUCCAGGUGAUGUUCUUCUUCGCAGCCUUAGUUUUCCUAGUCUGCCUUACUGUGCACUUGUGCAGUAUCCCUGAAGUCCCUCUCAGAUAUGACAGUGAAGAGACCAAGUUCUUGUUGGAAGUGGAUGAACCCUGUCAGUAUAACUCCAUAGAGGAGAUCAAGAAUGGUUACCUAAAAUCAGCAUAUACUGAAAUAAAGGCUGCACCUAAACCAAGGAAAUGCCCUGGUCCAUCACAGACAGAGACUCGGCGGCGGAUGACCCUUAAAUCACUCUUGAAGACACUUUUAAGCAUGCCAUCCCACUAUCGCAAUCUGUGUGUGAGCCACCUCUUUGGAUGGAUGGCUUUCCUGUCCAACAUGCUCUUCUUCACAGAUUUCAUGGGACAGGUUGUAUACCAGGGUAGUCCUUACGCACCUCGUAACUCCACACUUUACCAUGCCUAUGAAAGAGGAGUAGAAGUUGGAUGUUGGGGGCUGUGCAUUAAUGCGAUUUCUUCGUCACUCUAUUCUUACUUGCAGAAAGCCCUUCUGCCAUAUAUAGGAUUAAAGGGACUUUAUUUCAUUGGAUACUUACUUUUUGGGUUAGGUACUGGAUUAACUGGCUUGUUUCCCAACGUCUAUUCCACUCUGGCUCUAUGCUCCCUCUUUGGUGUCAUGUCCAGCACGCUGUACACAGUGCCAUUCCACCUCAUUGCAGAGUAUCACAGGGAGGAAGAGAACCUGAAGCUGCAGGAUGGAGACCAAGCCAGAGAGCACGAGCGAGGGAAGGGUAUUGACUGUGCUGCUCUCACCUGCAUGGUCCAGCUCGCCCAGAUAAUUCUCGGCGUGGGCCUUGGGCUCUUGGUUAGUGUUGCUGGCAGUGUGGUCACUGUGAUUUCAGCAUCUACUGUGGCACUGAUCGGCUGUUGCUUUGUUGCUUUUUGUGUUAAAUAUGUGGGGUAGAACAGUAUGAAGUGACUGGAAGAAAUCACCACAGGGGAGUGUUUUCUUUCUGCUUCAGUAGCACUGGUGCUGUUGCCACACUGAGAUUGCACAUCCUCUUCUUUUACCUCCUUGGAAUCGUUGCAAUUCCAGAGCACUUCUUAUCCACAAAGGGGAGACUCUUGGUAAAGCUGGCAGCCUAAUGCCUCAAAUUGAAAGCUUCUCUAUUUUGACUGCUUUAUUACCUCCCUCAUACUAAGCCCAGUGUAUUAACACUCUGUUGCACAUUAAGGCUUUUAUGCCCAUGCUAUCCUGAUACCCUACAUGAGUAGUCAUUAAGAUAUUCCUCAUUAUCAAUUUGUGGAAGUUAAUGAAUGAAGUAUGUGAUAAAUUGAAGCAGUAAUAGGAUGAAAGCUGUUGCUUAUCUUAUUUUUAAAAUAUAUUUUAAGAUGGGGCUAUUCCCUUUAGUAGCCAAAAGCUGCAAGAGGAUCAAACAGGUGUCAAAGGCCAUAGUGCUGCCAUGUUAUGAUUAGCAGUAUUGUUAAAUGGGAUCAGUUACCUCCCAGCAUACCAUGGGUAUGACAGGUGAUUGGUAUUUAAAAUGAUUGAAAGCUGCUGCUUAAAAGCAUAACCCAUUACAGUAAAGCAAUUCUUUUAUACUGUAUUCUGCUGCUUAUGUAUAAAUGAAAUGAAAAUACCAGCUGAGCUGGUCAUAAAAGUCUGCCGAAAGAUACUCUGCAAAUCCAUAUUUAGGCACCUAAACAAUCAGUCUACAGGAAGCAACUACAAUUUCUUCAUUCUUAAGAAGUCUGGCCACUUGGCCUCAAUACUUCCGUUAAAAGAAUAAUCUAGGCCAAACUAAGAAUUUUAUGAAUGGUCGUAAGCCACUCAAAUCUUCAUGUUGGAUAUUACAGUAUUUACCUUAAUUAAUGUAGUAUCUCUGUUUUCUCUAUAUUCCUGCAUGUGUCUAGCUUUGAGUGAAAUGUUUUUUGCUCUCUACAGAAUAUUGUAAAUUAAUUCAGUUCUGCAAAACACUAUCAUGAAUUGUUGUACUGAUGUACCUCUAACCAGUACAGUAAAUCCUGAAGUCAAAUUAUUUGUCUUUAAGUGAGUAUGGAGCUUCAUUCUUAUUUUUAUGAUCUUGCCAGAGUUUCAAAGGUCCUGUGUUUGUGAAAGUGAAAUGUUGUAUUUGUGCUGUGCAUCCUCCAUCCUGGAAAUUUUCAAGUCCAUUUACUAUGUUAGGCGUUAAGCCACGCGUAGUCAUCUGCUAAUACAGUAUUAUUAAUGAACAGUGACACAGAGAAAGAUCGUUGCCAGAUACGUUUCCCUAAAUGUUGCACAUGUAUAAUCAAGGCUGUUCAGUCAUCCUGACUGUUGAGUUGAUCAGCCACUAGAGUAACCCUGCAUGAACAGACAACUAUAGAUAUAAAUGGUUAACUUCAGCAUGAGGAUGUCUCUGCACAGGUGCACCAAAUUCAUCCUUUUUUUUUGUUUUUGAAGAGUAUAGUAAGUCAUUUAUUGUCAGGAAAAAAACAGAUCUCCCUUAAAGUCUUAAUUAAUUGUAACAAGCCCAUGGAAGGCUCAUCUACCUUUCCAUGUUGAUGGUUGUGUCUCCCUGUAUGCCCAGAAGGAGGGUUCAGUGCAUGGCAGACCUUACCUUUCUCCACAGCUCCUUCCUCCCUCCCUAUGAAAAAGCCAUGUUGUAUGGCUUCUUUCAUUUUGUGGCUCUUUGUUAAUCCCUCUCUUGUUGCACACCUGGAAGUGAAAAGCUUGCAAGAGUGAGCCUCUGGACAGUGCUCAAACCACAUUGUACAUGCUGGGAUGGCCUGGAGCACAAGGGCCUCAACUGGGACACACAAGAGAAGCCAAAAAAACGCAGGACAAACAUCUCAAUUCAAACAUUGCCAUCAUUAACUCAUUAACUUACCUUAACUCAGUAGUAUCUCACAGGAGGAGGAAUUUUUAAGGGAACUGUAGGAUAACUAAGGGUAAAGCUCUGAUGCCAAUGUGAGGCCAUGGAAAAGAACCUUGAAAUGUUUACCUGUCUCUUUAUCAAUGCUUUCUUUAAGGUUUAAUGCCAUCCAAGCAUGAAAAUUUGGAUAGUCUGCACUAUCUCUCUUCUGUUACACACAGAGAAAGCUGGCAUUGAUCCAGACCUGUGGACUGACUGUAGAUCUGUACCGACAUAACAAGAAGUGUGAACCUGCGAAGAGAAGGGAGAUAGGAGCAUCAUUUAUCAAUGGUUCUAUUUAGAAAUCUGUUCAGAGGUGGCUGUUUCAAGGGAUCAGGUUAUCAUCUUUCUCAUGAUCCUUCCUUUUAAAAUUAAUUGCACACUAUAGUAUAAGGAACAGAAUUGAUUACAUUUUUCUUUGGAAGUCUCCUUAAAAAAGCUAGCUAUGUUUGUUUCUGAGACUUCAAAAUAAUAUUCAGCUUAAUGGGUCUUUCUCAAAAAUAGCAAGCAGCUGGAAAACUAAGCACAAUUAAAAAAAAGAUGUAAACAGAAGAAUUAUGAUGGUGCUCAUUCUGAGGCCAAAAAUAUAUUUCAGAGGCCAGUGAAAGCUAUUUAAAAUGUUACAGAUUCCUGAGAAGGGAGAAAGUAAAUAUUUCUAACAGCACUAGAGAUAUGGUACAGGCAUUGAGGAACUGCAGUGUGGUUCUACUAAUUUAAGAAGUUCUGUGUUUUCUGUACUAAAUUAAUGAGUUUAGACCUUGGAUCAAAUUAUCAAUAUGAUCAGUUAUUGCACUUACUAUCAGCUUGUAUUAAGAUGAUGUGAGUGUCAAAGUUAGAAGGACACUGAGUCUGAUCUUUCUCAUCUAGUUUUGCUUUCAUAUGCAUAGAAGAUCUGUGGUGCAUUUAGGCAAAUGAAUUAAUUUAGUUGAAAAAAAGGAGACAUUUUGAGAUAAUCAAGGCUCCCUCCUUCCCAUUUCAAUGGAGCUAGUAACGGCUGAAGGAAACAAAGCAGGAAACAAGUCAGCUGUCUUAUCUUCCUGAUGCUUUCUUUUUUCUUAGGAAUGUAUGUCACUUGUUGCCCUUUAACAAACUGGGGUGUCACACAAGUAAAAGAUUCAAGGAAAUUUUUGUUCUCUUGUUUAAAGUACUUGCAGUAUUAGUAAUGUCACAGUUGUUUUUUCCAAUUUUCAUUCUAUCUGUCACAGUGAUCUUAUUACGUUUCUUUGACUUCCUUGAAAACAAGCAACUCAAAUGGUUUGUGGGAGACACUUCAAGAUAAAACUACAUUAGUCAAGAUGAAUCAUAAAUGUCUCUGCCUUGGCAGAACUCUCAGUUAUAGCAUUGGUGCCUGCAAAUCGUUAGGAGUCCCUGCAGCAUGUCAAAAGAUAGGGAGAAGGUGGUGUAACUAAGAGAUGUGCCAAUGACAGCAUUUGAUAUUUCUGAACCGUAGAUGGGUUGCUCAAUGGAGGAAGAGGGUGGAAAUAUUUGCUGUAAAAUUUCUUCAAAUAAUUUUUGUCAUUAAAAAGCUAUAAAAAAUAUAUCUAUAAAAUAAACCAUUUCCCUCUAA